AGCAAAGAAAAGCAGAUCGAAGAUAAGAGCAAGCAUUGACCAUUAAGACUUAGAAAAGAUGAUUUGAGCGAGAUAGCUAAUUACAAAAGUGUCCCCGUGAUGGGGAGAUAUAAGAGCACUAAUGUUUACGCUGCAGCCAUUGCGAAUCUCAAACUGAACACAGUGAAAUCUCUUCUCUUCAUCAGAUCUAAGGAAUAUGGAAAACGUUCCAUUUGCUGUUGCGUCUAAUCUCAUUCACAGGUUGGCUUCCGCAGAUUUUCUUGAAUUUGGAAAGCAAUAUGAUGUGACAGAAGAGUUGGAAGAUCUUAAGAACACUAUUGAAUCCAUCAAUGCUAAGCUCCUUGAUGCAGAUGAUAAACAAGAUCAAGAUGAUGGUGUGCGAGUUUGGAUCAGAAGGUUCAAAAAAGUACUCCAUGCUGCAGAUGACUCCAUAGAUGAGCUUGCUAUCCAAUUCAGGAGAGACAAAUUGGGUGCAGCAGAAGGAAAAGAAGUAGACAAGGUACUUCUUUCCAUUUCAUCUUCCAAUCAAAUUCCUUUAUACAGUGAAAUGCCUGACAAAAUUAAAGAAAUACGAGAAUGUUUGAACGAUGUAGUAAAAGAAAUGAAGGAUUUGAAUUUAAGUCCAAGAUCAGGGGUGGUUAAGCAAACUAACAGUGAAUGGAGGGAAACAUGUUCUUUUGUGCUAGAAUCUGAUAUCAUUGGAAGAGAUGAUAGUAAAAAGGAGAUUAUUAGUCUGUUGAGACAGCCUCAUGAAAACCGAAAAGUUUCUGUGAUUGCUAUUGUUGGCCUCGGUGGCUUGGGGAAGACAACGCUUGCUCAGUUGGUGUAUAAUGACUUUGAAGUGCAGAAUUUUUUUGAAAUGCAAAUGUGGGUGUGUGUCUCUGAUAACUUUGAUGUGAAAACUAUUCUGAAGAAAAUAUUAGAAUCAAUUACGGGUGACCAAAUGGAAGAAAAGUUAUCAUUAGGCAAUUUGCAAAGAAAACUUCAUGAAAAAAUAAGUGGUAAGAAAUAUUUGUUGGUCCUGGAUGACAUUUGGAAUGAGAAACGUGACAAAUGGACUGAAUUGAGAAAGUUCUUGAUGUGUGGCGCUCAAGAUAGUAAGAUUUUAGUGACAACUCGAAGUGAAAAUGUAGCAAAGGCAAUGACUGCCAACACUUCCUAUCCUUUGAAAGGUUUGACUGAUGAAGCAUCUUGGAGUUUGUUGAAGAACAUUGCAUUUGAGGAUGAUUUCAAAGGAGUGAAUCAAAAUCUAGAAUCAAUGGGGAAAGAAAUAGCCAAAAAAUGUAAAGGGGUUCCACUGGCAGUUAAAACCCUGGGAGGCCUGUUAGGAGGACAAAACGAAGAAAGUGUAUGGGAGAAUGUUUUACGUGGUGACUUCUGGAAAUCAUGUGAAGAGCAAGAUAGUAUCAUGCCAAUUCUAAAACUCAGUUACCGCAACUUGUCGCCAGAAAUGAGACAAUGUUUUGCUUAUUGCUCUUUGUACCCCAAGGAUUCAAAAAUUCGAAAAGAUGAGUUGAUUCAGUUAUGGAUGGCACAGGGUUACGUUAAAUGUUCGACUGAAGAGCACAUGGAGGAUGUUGGUAAUCAAUUUGUAAAGAUGUUUCUGAUGAACUCAUUUUUUCAAGAUGCAGAAAAUGAUGAAUACCAUGAGAUCAUUAGUUUCAAAAUGCAUGAUUUAAUGCAUGAUCUUGCGAUGCUUGUUGCGGGCAAUGAUUAUUGUUACUUGGAUAGUAAGGCAGAAAAAGUUGAAGGUAGACCCAUGCACGUAUCAUUGGAAUCUGAUGAGGCCAUUCAUUUGUUGAAAUCAUUAGAUCCGAGCAGGCUGCGAACUUUGAUUUUCCCGGAUGACUUGGAAGAGGAGGAAGAUUUGUCGGUUAUUGCAGAGUUCAAAUACUUACGUGUCUUGAGGAUGGAUCAAAUCUCUGAUUCCACUGAACAUUUGAAGCAUUUAAGGUACCUUGAUUUAACGCAACAAACAAGUCUUCCCAAAUCCAUGAGCAAUCUUGUUUUCCUACAAACAUUAAAAUUAAAGAAGUGCGACGAAGAAUCAUUUUCAGAAGUAGUCACAAAAUUAGUCAAUUUGAGGUGCCUUGAUAUUGCUUAUUAUCACUCCAUGAUGAGUGGGAUACCAGUUGGGUUGGGAAAAUUAUGCUCAUUGCAAUUCUUAUCGACAUUUGUUGUGGGAGACAGCCAAGAAAUAAAAUAUGGGGCACUAAAUGAACUGAAGGACUUAAACCUAAUAAGAGGCAAAUUAAAAAUUAAGUAUCUCAAUCGUGUGAGAGACGUGGCUCUGGAAUCACAGCACGUUAAUUUAAAAGAAAAAAAAUUCCUUCAAUCCUUGACCCUGAGUUGGUUGGAUGGUUGGUGGGAAGAUUGGUCGCAUGGAUACCUCCGUAACAGUGACAACUUACAAUUAUUGGAAAACCUUCAGCCCCACCGCAAUCUCAAGCGAUUGGAGGUGUUUUAUUAUCCAGGCGUGCUUUUCCCAAAUUGGCUUUCUCUCCUCACAAAUGUGGUUCACAUUCGUCUCUAUGAGCUUCGUAAAUGCUGCUAUCUCCCACCGUUGGAACAUCUCCCUUACUUGAAGUCACUUAUGAUGCACUCUCUCUAUGAAUUGGAAUACAUAUAUCUCGAUGGUUUUGCAGUAACCUUCUUCCCCUCUUUGGAGAGCCUCGAAUUAAUUACUUGUCCCAAGCUCAGGGGAUGGCGGAGGCGGGGAGAUGAUAUCAGUGAUUCACAUAAUCUCUCCUCUUCUCUUUCAUUUCCUCAUCUUUCUCAACUGUAUGUUUUAGUCUGUCCACGGUUGAAUUGCAUGCCUACUUUUCCAAACGCUAAGGAUUUAGGAUGGCUUGAAUGCAGUGCAGAACCAUUAAUAGGAACACUGAACACAACAGAGUCAACACGUUCAGCUGACUCAUCUUCCUCUGCUGCUCCUCUUUCCAUGCUCAAACAAUUGGCGAUUUCUUAUGAUAUGAAUUUACCAAAGGGUUGGAUGCAAAAUCUGACUUCUCUAGAGUCUCUUCAAAUUCAAUUUGGUGAAAGUGAAACACUUGAGGAAUUUGAAACUGGGUUUAAGGACGGCACCAACUGCCUCCCUUCUCUGCGAAAAAUCGCCAUAGAUCAUUGUGGAAGGCUGAAGGGUUUGCCAAAUUGGAUUUGCAACCUCUCAUGGCUUCAGCACAUCAUGAUCUUCUAUUGCCCAAAAUUGGCAUCGCUGCCCGAAGGAAUAAGUGGUCUUACCAACUUAAAGAUCUUUGAGGUCAGAGGAUGUUCCCUCUUACUUAAAGAAUGCCGAACAGAGACAAGUGUUGUUAGUCGCCAAAUCGCACACAUCGCACAGAUAAUCCUUGAUGAUUAGUGAUGAUAAAGUAAGUUGUUAGAAAUAGACUAAUGAUGCAAGUAGAGAUACUUGAGUUUAUGAGACAACUUCGUUGAAUUCUGUCAUUGUUGGAGUUAGUUUUGACUAUCGUAAUGGCCACACCUUUAGCCUAGAGGAAGCUAUAAGAACCCAGUUUCUUAAAAUUGGUACUGUCCAAUGCAAGAUGGAUUGUGUUCGCCAUGUGUUCAGUAUGUUUUCUAGUUGCUAUCUAAAAUGCACUUUAGUAUUGAUCAAUGCUCCUACUUUCUAUCACUACGAGUUUUACAUCAAAUUUGAUUCAUGAUUGUAUUUACUAUUGACUAUAUCUAUCUAAUUCAAAUGUUUGUUUUAUUAUCUU